AACCCGCAGGAAGUAGCCUACUGAACCACCAACACAGGAACAACAACAGAGUAAACAGACACGUUUAUUCUGUUUUUGGGACGAUAUCUCCACAAGUAUGAGAUGAGAAAGUCCAGUCAGUGCCUCGCUCGGACGGUGUGUCCCGUCUGUGAUGGUUUGAGCCGCUGUUAUAGGCACGAAUGAAGGCAGGCAUCCAUGUCCCACCAUGGAGAGGAGAAAAUAACCCCAAAAAGAAGGAAAAGAAGACGCUGCAUUGCUGAGGAAAUCUUCAGCCUCUAACUCCAAUCCGGACGGAAAACCGGAGAGUGACAGAGGGGCGAGGGCCAGGUGUUCAGAAUGGCUUUUCUCGACAACCCUGCCAUCAUCCUGGCCCACAUACGGCAGUCGCACGUCACCAGCGAUGACACCGGGAUGUGUGAGAUGGUCCUGAUCGACCACGACGUGGAUCUGGAGAAGUGCCAUUCGUCUGCGGUGUCCGCUGGUGGAGGCUCGUCCGGGGGUUCGUUUGGAGACAGCAGCAGUGGAGGAGACGGCCAGACCUGCGAUCUCUCUCAGUCUGUCGACAUCACCUCCAGCUGGGACUUUGGCAUCCGUCGGCGCUCCAACACAGCUCAAAGAUUGGAGCGACUGAGGAAAGAACGACAGAACCAGAUCAAGUGCAAAAACAUCCAGUGGAAAGAGAGAAGCUCGUCUCAAUCAGACGACUUGAGCUCACUUUUUGAAAAGAAGGACUUUAAGGACAGGCCCCGGAGCACAGGCAGUAAAUCCACCCUCUCGCUGCGGCUCGAACAGUGUCCUCAGCAGCUCAACAACCCCUUCAACGAGUACUCCAAAUUUGAUGGCAAGGGUCAUGUUGGUACAACGGCAACCAAAAAAAUUGACGUCUACCUCUCAAUGCAGUCGACCCAAGAAAAGCUUCACCCCAUGACGGUGGUCACGAUGGCCAAUGCUCGGGUCCACGAUCUUAUUGGGCUCAUCUGCUGGCAGUACACCAGUGAGGGACGCGAACCCAAACUCACUGAAAACGUCAACACUUACUGCCUCCACAUCGCUGAGGAUGACGGGGAGGUGGACACAGAUUUCCCUCCGCUGGACUCCAACGAGCCCAUACACAAGUUUGGCUUCAGCACGCUGGCUCUGGUUGAGAAGUAUUCCUCUCCUGGACUGGGGCCCAAACAGUCCCUCUUUGUUCGAAUAAACGCCGCUCAUGGUUUCUCCCUGAUCCCAGUGGACAGCCAGAAAGUGACCAUGAAGGAUAUUCUGCAGAAGGCCCUCAAAAAGAGGAAGGGCUCCCAGAAAGGAUCAGGCCCCAUGUAUCGACUGGAGAAACAAACCGAACCGAAUGUGGCAGUGGAUUUGGACAGUACGCUGGAGAUCCAAGGAACCAUGGAGUUCUGCUUGGUCCGAGAAAACAGUUCUCGAGGCGAGGAGACCUCAGAGGAGGACCCGCCUAUAGACAUCACUACGGUACAAGACAUGUUGAGCAGCCACUACUACAAGUCCUUCAAGAUCAGCAUGAUCCACAAGCUCCGCUUCACCACGGACGUGCAGCUAGGAAUUUCUGGUGAAAAGGUUGAGAUUGAUCCUGUCACCAAUCAGAAGACAAGCACAAAGUUCUGGAUCCGACAGAAGCCGAUCUCCAUCGACUCGGAUCUGCUGUGUGCCUGUGACCUGGUGGAGGAGAAGAGUCCAAGUCAUGCAAUAUUUAAGCUCACAUAUCUAAGUAACCACGAUUACAAAGCCCUGUACUUCGAGUGUGAUGCUGCUACUGUCAAUGAGAUUGUGCUCAAGGUGAACUACAUCCUGGAGUCUCGUGCCAGCACGUCAAGGGCAGAGUACUUCGCCCAGAAACAACGCAAACUGAACCGUCGCACAAGCUUCAGUUUCCAGAAGGACAAAAAGUCGGGCCAGUAGAGCUGGCGGCCAAACCGAUCAGCAGACUCUGAACCAAACAGCUUGUGUGAACGGAG